AUGCAACUAAGAAAACGAAAGAGGGUAGAUUAUUCCUCAACAAUAGAAGCAGCCAGUACAAAGAUAAAAUAUAAUGAUGCUACCAAUAACCCAGAUAAACCAGUACCAGUCAGAUCUAAACCUAAGAAGAGCUUGGUUAUACCAAAAGUGACAGUACCAUCAGCUAGAACGAAGAAGAAUAUAGUUAUACCAAAAGUAACACAACUCCAUGCAAAACCAAAAAUUUCUCAACAGACUCCCUCUAAAAAGAAGCAAAACAUUUCUAAACGAUUCAGCGAAGAUAAAUUAUUAAAUGAGAAAAUGAAAGGUGUAACGUUAACUAGACCAUUUUAUAAAUCUCAAGUAAAUUAUAAGGAUGAACAAGAUGCUAUUACCACUAUACCGAAACUUAAUGAAUUAUCCAAAGCAUUAGAUGAUUUAAUUCCUGUUCAAAAGAAUUUGUAUUACAUCGAUUUAAAAGGUCCGAAGUAUUUAGGUCCUAAAAAUUUUGAAACAUUAAAACUCCCUAGUGAUAUUACUAAUCUACAAACUAUCUCUGCUGAUCUAAAACAAUUUAUAAGAUAUAGAGAAGAAGCCCACAAUAUUGAAGAUAAUUUAAGUAGACAAGUGAGCAAGAAUAGUGAAACAUCCUACAGUCCAAUUAUAAAUAAAGAUAGAAUGGAAGGAAUCAAAGUUUUGUCCAAAUUCGAAGAUAUCCCCGAAUUCGAAAUUGUCGAUAGACUUGCUCAAAUACAUGGCAUCAAUAUAAGGGAUAUACAUGGACUACGACAAGCUAAUAUUAAGCCAAUGCUUGAUUCGAAUUUCGUAAACAAAAAUGAGGUGAAUUCCAUUAGCAAAAGGUUAGAUAAAAAGUUGCAAAAGGAAAGAAAUAAUAAUGUUGUUUGGCCCACAAAAACUAAAAAGAAGAAAGCACAAAAUAAGAAAAACAAAGCAAAGAAGGAAAUUCAAGAUUCAAAACUUAGAUUUUCAAAUAUUGGGUUGUUUAAUUCUGUCUAA